AAAUAGAAGCUGAGAAGAAAAAAAGAUGUUGGAAACAAUUGAUACCCAUCGGGCCCUCCAGGCCAUGGAUCGCUUACAGGCAAAACUUCGUAAUCGAGGUGACAUUGCAAACGAGGAGAAACUCAACUUAUUAAAAUCAGUGCUGCAGAGUCCUCUCUUUAAUCAAAUUCUGAACCUUCAGACUUCUGUUCAACAACUGAGAGAUCAGGUAAAUAUUGCACCCUCCAUACAUUCCAGUGAUGAAUUCCCUCAGCUUCUCCAUCAUGGUGUGAACAUGGGGUCCUUGCCACUUAAUGAGUCAUAUUUGUUGGCUCAGCAGAAUGGCAGCCCAGCUAAUGUGCUAGAAGCAUCAAUGAGAUCCAUUACUCCUCAGAUUAAUGGAAAAUCCUCUAGUGAUGACUUCGAGCAGCUGAUCAGAAACAUGUCCCAGGGUCGUCUUGUUGAGACAAUUGAACUUAUUAAACCUCUAAGUGGUGGUCUGGGCUUCAGUGUUGUGGGACUCAAGAGUGAAAACAGGGGAGAACUAGGAAUAUUUGUGCAAGAAAUCCAGGAGGGAAGUGUGGCACAUAGAGAUGGAAAGCUGAAGGAAGCAGAUCAAAUCCUUGCUAUUAAUGGACAAGCCCUUGAUCAGACAAUUACGCAUCAACAGGCUAUCAGCAUCCUGCAGAAAGCAAAAGAUAAUGUCCAGCUAGUUGUGGCCAGGGGCACUUUUCCUCAGCUCAUCAGUCCUGUAGUUUCCCGGUCUCCAUCUGCUGCUAGUACAGUUUCAGCCCAUUCCAACCCGGUUCACUGGCAGCAUGUGGAGACCAUAGAGUUGGUGAAUGAUGGCUCAGGUCUGGGAUUUGGGAUAGUGGGAGGAAAGUCAACUGGAGUGAUUGUUAAAACCAUCCUCCCAGGAGGGGUUGCUGAUCAGCAUGGGAGAUUGUGUAGUGGAGAUCACAUCUUGAAAAUUGGAGAUACAGACCUAGCUGGAAUGAGCAGUGAGCAGGUGGCACAAGUUCUAAGGCAGUGUGGAAAUAGAGUGAAACUCGUAAUUGCAAGGGGUCCUAUUGAUGAGCCACCUCUUCCAGCAGUUCCUCCAGGUACACCAGUACCCACCUCCACACCAGAUAAACAGGCAGAUGCUUCUAUUGAUGGCUGUGAAGAUGGGGAGAAAUUUAAUGUUGAACUUACUAAAAACAACCAAGGUUUAGGAAUAACUAUUGCUGGUUACAUUGGAGACAAAACAUCAGAACCUUCUGGUAUCUUUGUGAAAAGCAUUACAAAGGGCAGUGCUGUUGAACAUGAUGGCAGAAUCCAUGUGGGAGAUCAAAUUAUAGUUGUGGAUGGAACAAAUCUUCAGGGUUUUACUAACCAGCAAGCAGUUGACGUUUUGCGGCACACGGGACAAACGGUUCGGCUCACUUUGAUCAGAAGAGGUCUUAAGCAGGAAAAUCAUAUUCCGCCCCAGGAGGACUUCAGUGCUUCUGUUGAAAAGGACUUACAGUUCCAAACAAAGGAUAGUAGCACAGCCAAAG